UAGGUUUUCUGUAAUUUUGUGCGAAUUUGUGUUGCCUUCAUAUGGCAACACUAGGAGAAAGGGUAUAAAAAGGCGUGUUUGUCUUUCAUUGGGGUUCUUUUGAUUCGAGCACGCAUCGAAGGCAGACGUACCAUUUUGAACACGUGUACACUUGUGUUUGAGCACGCGUGCGUUUUGGAAAUUUAGAUUCCAGAUUAUGCCUCUUGAAGACGAGAUCGUUCCACGAAGACGACUGACGAGCCGAGACGAGCCGAGCCGAGCCGAGCCGAGACGAGCCGAGACGAGCCGAGACGAGCCGAGACGAGCCGAGACGAGCCGAGACGAGCCGAGACGAGCCGAGACGAGCCGAGACGAGCCGAGACGAGCCGAGACGAGCCGAGACGAGCCGAGACGAGCCGAGACGAGCCGAGACGAGCCGAGCCGAGCCGAGACGAGCCGAGCCGAGCCGAGCCGAGCCGAGCCGAUACAAGCCGGGAGCGCAGCCGGAGAGAGAGCCGGGAGUGCAGCCGGAGAGAGACGUCGCUUCACGCGUCGGCACAACGAGCGACACAGCCAACGACGUCGCGGCGAAGGGCAGGAGGUGCGACGUUCGUCGGCAGCUAAGGGAAUAGAAAGGUCAGAUAGCCCUACAUUUUCAUCUAAAGAUGUUCUUAAUAUUGUUGAAUCAUUAGUUAACUUAAGAUCUUAACCUAAUCCGACAGCAGUCGCCACAUCACAUCCUUCCAGUAGUAUUAUGAACCAUGUUACCCGAAUUUGGACCCUCAUCGAAAAGUCAAAAGAUUGAUACUUGGUUAAAGAAAGUUAAUGAGUGUGCCACUGUUUACGGAUGGGAUGAGAACAACCGUUAUCCACUUCGCAAUGCAGAAACUGCAGGAGUUGGCCAAAGUUUGGUAUGAAAGCUUCAAUUCUAUUUUGUACAGCUGGGCAGAAUGGCAGCAAAAGUAGUUAGACGCAUUUCCUUUUGAACAUGAUUAUGGCCAAUCCCUGGAGGAUACGCUUAGGCGAAAGAGUAGGUUUGGUGAACCGCUAGAGGUUUAUUAUUAUGAAGAAUUAGCCAUCGUGAACCGGUGUGACAUCGAAGGGAAACGAGCCGUGGACUGCAUUAUCCACGGAUUAAGUGACAAGACAAUUAGAUCCAGCGAUAAGCGUUACGAUGUACGCAGCCUGAUCAACUCCAUUUUCUGAUGAGUAAUAAGGAGAACCAACCGCCGCCCGAUCGCUUUCAUUUUAAUAAAACAAAGUAGUCGACUGAAUCCACAGCGGGAAGUAAUAAUGACAAUAGGGAUAAAUCAGUUAAGACUUCAAAAAAAAUUCAAGUUACAAAUUAUUUUGUUUUAACUGUAGGGAAAAAGGUUACCCGUAUCUUAAAUGCCCCAAACCUCUGGUCCAAUGUACAGGAUGUCGUAGGUUCGGUCAUAAAAUGGAAACUU